UCCCAGUCCUUUCACACUGUUGAUCUCACCAGCUGCUCCCCCGCAUGAAGAAAGCCAUCGCGACAAGGAGGCAACUCAUGUAGUCGACCACUUGUGUGGUGGCUGUUAAUCAGCGUAUUGAAAGUCUUCUUGUGAUUUCCACGCUCGACACCAUGGCCGCAACUCACCAACAUGCAACGGCGUUAAGUGACAGUGAGGAUGGGCGGCUCGUCUUAAACAAAUUUACCUUGUAUGAGACUAGGAUGCGCUUUUAUGUAGUAGGGUCAAAUCAAAGCGACGAACGAUUUCGGGUGUUGAAGAUUGACCGUACGAGCGGCAGUGAACUGAAUGUCAUUGAUGAUGAAGUCGUUUAUACCAAACCGGAGGUUAUGGACCUUUUGGGGAUGAUUGAGAAUGGAAACAAAAAUUCUGGUGGACUCCAUAAAGUUGCUUCAUUCUUUGGGAUUGUCGGCUUCGUACGAUUUUUAGAAGGUUAUUACAUUAUCUUGAUCACUAAAAGGAGUGCAGUAGCAUUGAUUGGGGGACACUAUAUAUAUCAUAUUGAUGAUACCAUGCUCAUCAGCGUACCUGGCCCUGGGGCUAAGUUAGAACGAAAACCUGAUGAAGCAAGAUAUCUGCAAGUAUUCGGUCAAGUGGAUCUCAGCAAGAACUUCUAUUUUAGUUACACAUAUGAUAUCACGAGAACAUUGCAGUGGAAUAUGAGUCUUCCCCAUGGCCGGGAGCAUUUUGAGUACAACGACAUGUUUGUAUGGAAUUCCAACUUACUGCGAGCGGGAUUUGACUCACUGCGAUCUGAUUGGGUCUUGCCAGUUAUCCAUGGUUUCGUAGAUCAGUCAAAGAUAUCCGUAUUUGGGCGCAAUAUUUUUGUCACAUUGAUUGCUCGACGGUCCCGAUACUUUGCUGGUGCCCGUUUCUUAAAACGUGGAGUAAAUGAUAAAGGCUACGUGGCGAACGAUGUUGAAACGGAACAGAUUGUCUAUGAUGCCACAACCACCUCAUUUUAUUCACCUCAAGGCCGUUACGGGAACAAACCUGCCUAUACGUCCUUUGUGCAACAUCGUGGGUCCAUUCCCUUGUUCUGGAGUCAGGAGACAGCCGCUAUGGUUGCAAAGCCUCCGAUUCAGCUGAAUGUCAUUGACCCUUUCUUUUCUGCGGCUGCGCUUCACUUUGACAACAUGUUCAAGCGUUAUGGUGGUCCAAUAAUUGUUUUGAACCUCGUGAAAAGCAAGGAGAAGAACCGCCGCGAGUCCAUUCUGCUGGAUGAAUUCACAGAGUCUGUCUCCUAUCUGAAUCAAUUUCUCCCACCCGAACGAAAGAUCAAGUACAUUGCUUGGGAUAUGGCACGGGCGUCGAAAAGCCAUGAUCAAGAUGUGAUAGGUGUAUUAGAAGACCUUGCAGAGCAGGUCCUUACGACGACGGGAUUCUUUCAUAGUGGGGCGGAACCAUACAUAAAUGCCCUUCGCAGGGCCAAAGCGGCGGGCGAGGAUGCUCCGGUUAAUCGCAUACUAGGGCGACGGCAGAACGGCGUCGUAAGAACCAACUGCAUAGAUUGCCUGGACCGUACGAACGCGGCACAGUUUGUUAUUGGAAAAUGCGCACUUGGACACCAAUUGUAUGCACUCGGAGUUCUUGCCCACCCAAGCGUUCCAUUUGAUUCGGAUGCAAUCAAUCUUUUGAACGCCAUGUAUCACGAUCACGGAGAUACUAUUGCGUUGCAAUACGGAGGCUCACAUCUUGUUAACACGAUGGAAACUUACCGGAAGAUUAGUCGAUGGACGAGUCAUUCUCGAGAUAUGAUUGAAAGUAUCCGACGUUACUACAGUAACUCGUUCACGGAUGCUGAGAAGCAGGAUGCGAUCAAUCUUUUCCUGGGUCACUAUGUUCCCACAGCAAACAGCAACACCCCUCUAUGGGAAUUAGUAUCCGACUACUACCUGCAUAACGAGGAUCCCCGAAAAAAGAGUCCUUUGCGCAGCUACACACGUUGGUUCACGUGGGGAGCCAUAAUGCGGCACCCGGACGGUUCGUCGAUUCAAGUCGGACCAUACCUACCUGGUGAUGGAUAUUAUGUGGAGUACUACCGUCCCAAGCUCUACACCUCGUUUGCCAAGCUAUUUGCCUUUAACAUGAUUAGCACCUGCACUGGCUUAGCAUCCAAGGACGAGGUUUUAGAUCAUAGCCCCUUCACUGUCCGUUUAAAUCCCACACAAGCAAACCGCUAUCUUAUGAUUUACAGCUUGAACAUAGGCGGCGUGCGUCGAUGGUUGAAACUCACCAAUCAAGAACGAGAGACGCCUACGGAAAGCGGCAGAGCAAGUGAAACACGCGACACUGAUGAGCAUGUGAAAGGCAAGACGGGAGCCAGCAAAGAAGCUUCAGCCCCGUGGUGGACAACAAGCGCUUUAGCUUCGCGGUUGUUGGAUCCACAGGUUCCAGGUAGCGAACUGAAAGAGUACAAACGCUACAUUCACCAAUUCAAACCCUCAACCACCCUUCUAACACCCACUGUCGAACAGGAUGUGAGAACACAAUCUUCUCAUCCUGAUUAUUCCAUAUUUGCGGAGUAUGUUGGUCGAAGGCUUGGGGAACAAUUAGAUGGCACAUCCCCGGCGGAUCAUUUCGAGGUCGACUCUCGCGACGAAGCUUUGUAUACUACAUAUGUUGAAAAGUCGGGGAAGACGAGCCACUACGUUGGUUCCGGUGUACAGAAAACGGAUCUGCCCAGAUACGAGGCAUAUGCAAAAUGGUUGUCUACAGGAAAGUUUGUGUCCUCGCGAUCCAAACCGGUCAAAGGAAUGGCGUGAGCAAUACCUAGUCAUUUAUGUACUUUUUUUAUAUUUAUUGAGAGCAUCGUUUGCAUCGUUUUGUCUCUUGGCGGACAGCAACCCAAAAGCCACGUGAUAUACAUCCUAAAAUUUAUCAAUGCGCAGCUUCAAC